GUCACUGCUCAAUCGAUGUUUAAUACUCUGAUUCAUCUUCCUCGUCCGAUUCUUCCUUCUUUCACCAGUACUCGAGUCUGCAGGAAAAUUGUAUCAAAGAGAAUGAGUACGAAUCCUGCAAUCGAACCGAAAGUUCGCAAAUUCGAAUCUGUUCAAGAAGCUGAUACUAUUUCAAGAAGUAAACCUGAUGGUAUCAGAUUCCGUCUCGUUUCAUAUAACAUAUUAGCUCAGGUCUAUGUGAAGAGCUCCAUUCUCCCACACUCUCCACCUGCCUGUCUCAAAUGGAAAGCUCGUUCACAUGCAAUUCUCAGUGUUCUCAGAAAUCUCGAUGCUGAUUUCUUUUGUCUGCAGGAAGUAGAUGAGUACGAUAGCUUUUACAGAAAAAACAUGGAGUCUCUGGGCUAUUCUGGGAUUUAUAUUCAGAGAACCGGACAAAGAAAGCGUGAUGGUUGUGCAAUCUUCUACAAGCCUAGCUGUGCAGAGUUGAUCACCAAAGAGCGGAUCGAAUAUAAUGAUCUUUUGGACUCAAUAAAGGUAGAUACUGUUUCCUGCAGCGAACAGGAGAUUGAGACCUCCAGUGAAGCAAAAGGUGAUGAGAAAGCGAAAGAUUCUCGAAAAGACAGUCGUGACCUUAAUGAUCCACGAGUGAGACUAAAACGCGAUUGUGUUGGCAUAAUGGCUGCUUUUAGGAUCAACAAGCCGUUUCAUCACAUCGUUAUUUUGGCAAACACACAUCUUUAUUGGGACCCGGAGUUGGCUGAUGUCAAGCUGGCACAAGCCAAUUAUCUACUAUCACGACUAGCUCAGUUCAAGACACUAAUAUCAGAUGAAUUCAAAUGCACACCUUCGUUGUUACUAGCUGGUGACUUCAAUUCAAUUCCUAGGGAUAAGGUGUAUAGUUACAUAGUAUCGGGUAACGCGAAAUCCGCUGAGACCAUAGAAGAAGAAGAAGCUCCACUUUCUCUGUGUAGUGUCUAUGAAGUGACAAGAGGAGAGCCUAAGUUCACAAAUUGCACUCCUGGUUUCACUAACACACUUGACUACAUCUUCUUCUCUCCUUCAGACUUCAUCAAACCUGUGAGUAUCCUCCAACUACCUGAACCGGCAUCUCCAGAUGUUGUUGGUUUCUUACCGAAUCAUCAUCACCCGAGUGACCAUUUACCGAUAGGAGCAGAGUUUGAGAUCUGUCGGGAAUAGACAGUGUUUGUUCUCAAUAAUACUGAAGUUUUGUUACAAACAAAAAACAAAUUAUAUACACACUUGAAGUUUCGUUUUAGAUAACUUUUUAUUGGA